UCCCAGCGUACGGAGCUGCUGGCAGUGCGCAAGAUGGCCUGGAACACUAACCUCCGGUGGCGGCUGCCCAUCACCUGCCUAGUCCUGCAGGUGAUCAUGGUGGUUCUCUUCGGCGUGUUCGUGCGCUACGACGUCCAGGCUGAUGCUCAGUGGUGGUUGGAGAAGAAGCUCAAGAACAUCUCCAGCGAUGUGGAGAACGAGUUUUACUAUCGCUACCCCAGCUUCCAGGAUGUACACGCCAUGGUCUUCGUGGGCUUCGGUUUCCUCAUGACCUUCCUGCAGCGCUACGGGUUCAGCGCUGUGGGCUUCAACUUCCUGCUGGCAGCUUUUGGCAUCCAGUGGGCACUGCUCAUGCAGGGAUGGUUCCAUUUCUUUGAAGCCGGCCGCAUUACGCUGAGCGUCGAGAACAUCAUCCAAGCUGACUUCUGUGUAGCAUCGUCCUGUGUGGCCUUUGGGGCAGUUCUAGGCAAGGUCAGCCCAAUUCAGCUGCUCAUUAUGACCUUCUUCCAAGUGACUCUCUUCGCAGUGAAUGAGUUCAUCCUCCUCAACCUGAUAGAGGCAAAGGAUGCAGGGGGCUCUAUGACCAUCCACACAUUUGGCGCCUACUUUGGGCUCACAGUGACCUGGAUCCUCUACCGAAAAAACCUGGAGCAGAGCAAGCAGAGACAGAGCUCAGUGUACCAUUCGGACCUUUUCUCCAUGAUUGGCACCCUCUUCCUGUGGAUAUACUGGCCCAGCUUCAAUUCAGCCGGUUCCUCCCAUGGAGACGCCCAACACCGAGCAGCCCUCAACACCUACCUCUCCUUGGCGGCUAGUGUGCUAACCACAGUGACAGUGUCCAGUGUCAUACACAAGAAGGGCAAGUUGGAUAUGGUGCACAUCCAGAAUGCCACACUUGCAGGCGGGGUGGGCGUGGGCACAGCUGCGGAGAUGAUGCUCACACCUUAUGGCGCCCUCAUCGUGGGUUUCUUCUGUGGCAUCUUCUCCACCCUUGGAUUUGCAUACCUCACGCCGUUCCUGGAGUCCCGCCUUCGCAUCCAGGACACGUGUGGCAUUCACAACCUACACGGCAUCCCUGGCAUCAUAGGUGGCAUUGUGGGUGCUGUGACGGCAGCCUUCUCCUCCCCUGAUGAGAACAGAGAGUCAGGGAUAGUCCAUUCCUUUGGCUUCGGGGGUUAUAAGGCGAACUGGACCAAGAGAUUGCAGGGCAAGUCCCAGAUAUUUGGCCUCCUCCUGAGCUUGGCCAUGGCCCUGGUGGGCGGCAUCAUCAUGGGAUUCAUUUUGAAAUUGCCGUUCUGGGGACAAGCUGCGGAUGAAAACUGUUUCGAGGACUCCAUCUACUGGGAGGUUCAUGAGGAGGUGAACAGUGUCUACAUUCCCGAGGACCUAGCUCACAAACACUCUACUUCUCUGGUACCCGCAAUGCCUUUGGUAGCUUCAGCAUCCAUGAUUCCUCCAGUCCCUCCGACACCUCCAGCAUCCUUAGUAACUCCAGUUCCUUCAGCAUCCUUGGUACACUAAACUCCCAGGGCAGGUGAGAAGACCCAGGGGCACACUUGGCUUUGUGACUGCUGCUGCUUGACUCGGAGUGUCUCUUCGACCUAGAGAUCAAGCUUU